AGUCGAACGCGGAACUAGGGAGCAGGCGGAGGCCGGCGCGGAGCUGUUGCUCAGCAGGCCCGGCCUGGCUUUGGGCCCUGGGCCUUCUAGCCGGGGGACUCUGCGCCUGCGCCCGCCCGGCCGCCGCCCGCUCUGCCGGCACGGCCCUGGUCUCGGCUGCUGCGCGCUGCCUGGGUGUCUGCGCGAUCCAUGGGCAGCAGCAAGGGCCACGAUGACAGAUUACGGCGAGGAGCAGCGCAACGAGCUGGAGGCUCUGGAGUCCAUCUACCCCGACUCCUUCACAGUGUUAUCAGAAAAUCCACCCAGCUUCACCAUUACUGUGACAUCUGAAGCUGGAGAAAAUGAUGAAACUGGGAACAAUGUGGAGGUAGAUGAGUCUUUGUUCCAGGAAAUGGAUGACUUGGAGCUAGAGGAUGAUGAGGAUGAUCCAGACUACAAUCUUGCUGACCCAGGGAGUGACUCAGCUGACUAAUGGACUGUCCCCAUCUGCAGAGAGGCUUGAUUGCCACAGCAUCUGUGGCUAUGGUCGGAGGGUUUUGAUUUUCCUUUCUUUUUUUCUAAGAAAAAAUGAUUUUCAGGAGAAUAUUCUUCUGAUGGCUUUCAUCAUUGAACUUAAUAAACUGACCUUAAAAUUUCAAAUA